GGGUGGCGGCGAUGCACGUCUCGCGAUCGUUCCUUCAGACUCUCGCUUUGUUUUGAUUUAUCUUUUUACCUAACGACCGACAACAGGCGGCUUGUUGCACUUAGGGAUCCUUGAAGUGGCCGGGCCUGAGAGUGAGACCCCAGUCCUUGGCUGGGGUUCUUUCCAAAUAGAAGAAACGGAUCCAGAGGGGCUACAGACCAAAAUUGUUGAGAACCAGACAUACGAUGAGCGUCUAGAGAUCAACGACUCGGAAGAGGUUGCCAGCAUUAGUACUCCAACCCCAGGACAUCAAGGCCCUCCUUUUUCUGCCAAUCUUCCCAACAAGACGAUGGCUGAUAACAGCAGUGAUGAGUACGAGGAGGACAACAAGGAGAAGAAGAAGCCCUCCCAGCUGACACCACAGCAGGGCUUCAGUGAGAAUGAUGAUGACGACGAUGAUGACUCCUCUGAGACGGACUCUGAUGAUGACGAUGACGACGAGGAGCAUGGAGCACCUCUGGAAGGGGCUUAUGAUCCUGCAGACUACGAGCAUCUGCCAGUCUCGGCUGAGGUCAAGGAGCUCUUCGAGUACAUCAGCCGGUACACACCUCAGUUGAUCGAUCUGGACCACAAACUGAAACCUUUCAUUCCUGAUUUUAUCCCAGCUGUUGGGGAUAUCGAUGCAUUUUUAAAGGUGCCACGUCCCGAUGGAAAGCCUGACCACCUUGGCCUCUUGGUGUUAGAUGAACCAUCGACAAAGCAGUCGGACCCUACUGUGCUUUCGCUGUGGUUAACAGAGAAUUCCAAGCAGCAUAAUAUUACGCAACAUAUGAAAGUAAAGAGCCUGGAGGAUGCAGAGAAGAAUCCCAAAGCCAUUGACACCUGGAUUGAGAGCAUCUCUGAGUUACACCGUUCCAAGCCUCCUGCGACUGUGCACUAUACCAGGCCCAUGCCCGACAUUGACACUCUGAUGCAGGAGUGGUCCCCGGAGUUUGAAGAGCUCCUGGGAAAGGUGAGUCUGCCCACUGUGGAGAUCGAUUGCAGCCUGGCUGAGUACAUUGACAUGAUCUGUGCUAUCCUGGACAUUCCUUUCUAUAAGAGCCGGAUUCAGUCCCUCCACCUGCUCUUUUCGCUCUACUCAGAGUUCAAGAACUCCCAGCAUUUUAAAGCUCUUGCUGAAGGCAAAAAAGCAUUCACCCCUCCGCCAAACUCUGCCUCCCAGGCUGGGGAUGCGGAGACACUGACUUUCAUCUGAGUCCCCUCCUGGGGCUGUGCUUCAAAGUUAGAUGAAGACGUGGUCUCUGUUGGCAGCUUAACGUCUCCCUGCCCCACAGCUGGGCUCUGGCAACAUGAACCCUGCUGCCUUGUCCUCACGGGCAGGACACACCUUGGUUACACCCACCUUGUCCUUGCAGGCAGGGCAUGCCUUGGUUACACCUGCCUCCCUCCCAUUGCCUUUCCAGUGGAAGGAUGCAGCCACUCUGCUGUGGGCCUCUGAGUUGGAAGAACUGGCACGCUGAGAGCCCCAGGACACACAGACUGCUCUGUCAGGUUGUGAUGGAAUACAUACUGGUUUUCACCCAUG